AUGACUGUGGGCAACUGGAGCUCCCAUAAGCCUGGCUCUCUGCCACCUCAAAGGCUAACCAGAGUGCUCAGAGCUGAUGACGGCUCCCUGAAGAGAAUUCGCUCUAACAAGAAAAUGCUGCUGUUGGUUGGAGGGUUGCCUCCCGGACCGGACCGGCUCCCCAGCAAUCUGGUUCAGUAUUAUGAUGACGAAAAGAAGACAUGGAAAAUACUCACAAUUAUGCCUUACAACAGUGCCCACCACUGCGUUGUAGAGGUAGAAAACUUCCUGUUCGUGUUGGGUGGAGAGGACCAAUGGAAUCCAAAUGGAAAACACAGCACAAAUUUUGUCAGCCGGUAUGAUCCCCGAUUUAAUAGUUGGAUCCAACUCCCACCCAUGCAGGAAAGAAGAGCCAGUUUCUAUGCAUGCCGCUUGGACAAGCAUUUAUACGUGAUUGGCGGGAGGAAUGAAACCGGCUACCUGUCCAGUGUGGAGUGUUACAACUUGGACACAAACGAGUGGCGUUAUGUGUCCUCUUUGCCUCAGCCUCUGGCAGCCCAUGCAGGAGCAGUGCACAAUGGAAAAAUAUACAUUUCAGGGGGUGUGCACAAUGGAGAAUAUGUGCCAUGGUUGUAUUGCUAUGACCGUGACAUGAACACAAAACGUGCCAUCCACACUUUGGCUGUGAUGAAUGAUCGCUUAUAUGCAAUUGGAGGAAAUCAUUUGAAAGGUUUCUCCCACCUUGAUGUCAUGCUUGUGGAGUGCUAUGACCCAAAAGGUGACCAGUGGAAUAUUCUCCAAACCCCCAUCCUGGAGGGUCGAAGUGGCCCCGGCUGUGCAGUGCUCGAUGACAGCAUUUAUCUGGUGGGGGGCUACAGCUGGAGUAUGGGUGCCUACAAGUCAUCUACAAUCUGCUAUUGUCCAGAAAAGGGAACCUGGACUGAACUCGAAGGCGAUGUGGCUGAACCCCUGGCAGGUCCAGCCUGUGCGACAGUCAUCCUACCAGCCUGUGUACCGUACAACAAAUAA